UCGUGUUUCUUUUCUCUUUUAGUCGUCUGAAGUACGGUGGCGUUCUACGCCCACAACAUCCUAAUGAGAAAUACCUACGAAGACAAGUACUUUUGUCCUGAUUGUCGCACAGACCAACUGAAUCAUACGACGUCUACAACACUUCAGUUAUCAUGUCAUUGUUGAAGGGACAUGCUGAAGUGGACAUGGAUCAGGUCACCUUCCAGAGUAACACAGUGCUGUCAGAUGUUCACCUGUUACUUCCCAAUGCUUGUCAUCUCAUGAGCCGUCUCAAUGGCGUAGGGCAGCCAGUCUUUACCUCAAGGUUCAGGAUCUUACGAGAGUGUGAGGAGGAGGAGGAGGCGUGUGACGGUGGAUCUCCUGCUGCGGGGAGCCCAGCCGUGCCUGACCUCCUUCUCGAUGAAGAUGGAGAUCUGGACGUGGCGAGGAGACCCCGUGACCCAGAUCCCAAACGGAUCAGAGCGCACCCCUUAAUCCUCAGCCAGGCCACAGGGACGCACACCGACAGAGAUGAAGAAGAGGAAGAGGAAGAGCGUGUCCAAGACGUCAUCAAGAUUGAACACACCAUGGCUACACCUCUGGAGGACGUUGGUAAACAGGUCUGGCGUGGUGCUUUCCUAUUGGCUGAUUUCAUCCUCUCUCAGCCAGCCAUGUUUAAGGGAGCCACUGUGCUCGAGCUCGGAGCAGGCACUGGACUGACUAGCAUCGUCAUGGCAACAGUGGCCAAAACGGUGUACUGCACAGAUGUGGGUGAAGACCUUCUGAGCAUGUGCCAGAGAAAUGUGAAUUUAAACAAACACCUGCUGGAGCCCACAGGGGGUCAUGUAAAAGUCUGCCUGCUGGAUUGGAUGACUGACGACCUGUGCACAGACCCUGAACUGGACUUCUGUUGGACUGAGGAGGACGUGGCCAACCUUUAUGACAACACCACUUACAUCAUCGCUGCUGACGUGUGCUAUGAUGAUGACCUCACUGAUGCCUUGUUCAGAACCCUGUACAGAAUAACCAGUAACCUUCGCAACCCCUGCACACUUUACUUCUCCAUAGAAAAAAGGCUUAAUUUCACCCUGCGGCACAUGGACGUGUCAUGUGAGGCCUAUGACCAUUUUCGCCACUGUCUGGAUGAACUCCAAAGUAUGGCAGAUGGAAAGAUGAAGUUUACUGUCGAGUCAGUGGAGAGCUCUUUCCCCCAGUUUUUUCAGUAUGAGAGAGUGGAACAGUUGGAACUUUGGAAGGUGACAAGCUCGACCUCGUAAUCAUUAUCAACAACACAGCUAUCCCCAUAGGAUCACGGGCUCAAAAGCCUCCGUUCUGAAGGG